GGGGGCGGGGACGGCUUCGAGGAGGAAGAAUAUGCAGCAAUAAACUCCAUGCUGGACCAGAUCAACUCCUGCUUGGAUCACCUGGAGGAGAAGAAUGAUUAUCUACAUGCCAGCUUGAAAGAACUGCUGGAGUCCAACCGCCAGACCCGCCUGGAAUUCCAGCAGCAGAGCAAGCAGCAGAACAUGGAAGCUGAUGUGCAGGGAUCACAGCCUCCUGUCUAG